CUCACCCGCGACCCGUAAUGGAAUAAGCGGUCAAGAUAAUGAAUGAAUGAAUGUCAGAUUGUAUAUAAAAUGUUGGUUUACAAUAUUUGCAAAUAGUUGGAUUAUACUUCUAGUUACAUUUUACAGUGUUCCAGCUUCUACUUUCAGAGAUUUAAGUUCCACAUCUACUUUGUAAUAUGUAUGUAUUUGAGGGAAAUGUCAAAUAUGUGCUUCCUUUCCCUUUUUUUAAGUUGCCUUCAACAUUUUUGUGUAGUUUAUACUAAAGCAAUGUUUACAUUUCUUGAAUUACAUCUCAGAAAAAUAUAUGGUUGCAUAUUUCACAAUUAAAAUACAGUUGGUUUCCUGUGUGGAACCAACAGUGUUGAGCAAUUAUGCUACCAGAUCCACUACAAUCCAGUCUGGAGCGGAAAUUUUCUGUGUUUUGUAACCAACCUCACAACUCAUGUUUUGCCAGCAGACUCGCAUGAAAUCAUUUUGUCAGUAUGAUCAUCAGAGUAAAUGUGUUGGCAUGAGACAUCAGAGUGUCAGAGUGAGCAACCGGAUAUUGCAUUACACACAUGUUAACAGCUUUACAUUCUGCUCUACUGUAUUUAAUAUGUCCUAUAGGUGAAAGUGUACUUUAAACAGUACAGAGGACAGAGAAUAACAGUCUUUUUUAUACGGAAAAGUACAAAAACAUCACAUUCUUGUGUUAAGCCAUGGGCAAUGCAGUUUUGACCUCGUUUUGCAUUUUUGUUUGUGGAUGAGUCUUUGAUUUAAAAAAGAAGAGAAGUAGAAAAAAAAGUCGAUUUGUACUCUAUUCCAUCCAAUAUGAAGGAUGUCAGGAAACACAUUACAAAUGCAGCUAACACAACAUCAGCAAUAAUGAUUAAUCCUGUACUAUUUGGUUUUUUCCUUCAUUGCGCACGUGAAGUGUUGCCUCGGGGAGCAUUUUCUUUCUUGCGUUCAGUCUGGAAAUCCACAUUGGACGCAUGAAUGAAACAUUUCCGGCUUGUUCAACCUGUCAUCAUCAUCUUGGUUAGUGGGAGGAGGCAUCACCGACUGGAGACUAAAAAAGCCCCCAGUUCGGGUUCACUGUCACUUUCAGCAGGAAAGCAACUUCGGAGUUCCUCUUUGAUUUCACUGUGGCUCACUGGAGUUUCAAAACGUCAGUCAUGAUAAGCAACGAAGUUUUCUCCUGUUUUGUCUUCUACGCCGUUCUUCUGGUGAUUAAAAUGUAUGUUAUAGCGAUUAUAACGGGGCAAGUGAGACUGCGUAAGAAGGCUUUUGCAAAUCCUGAGGACUCGUUGAGACACGGAGGUUUACAGUUUCACAGACAAGAUCCGUAUGUGGAAAGGUGCCGAAGGGCUCAUAAUAACGACAUGGAAAACAUCUUUCCCUUUCUCUUCCUGGGUGCUGUGUACUCCCUGACUGGACCUUCGCUGUCAGCGGCCCGCCUUCAUUUUCUUGUCUUCUUUUUGGGUCGUGUGCUGCACAGCAUUGCAUACCUGUUUGCCCUGCAAGCCCCCACCCGCUCUGUGGCCUACACUGUUGCACAGAUACCAUGUGUUUCCAUGGCCGUGCAGAUCCUAAUGACAGUCGCAGCAUAUGCAUGAAUACUGGACUAAAGGGUUGAACAUGGAGUGGCAAAAGUUUGCUGCCAUGGCUUUGAUUUGUGACUUGUGUCAUUUGAAGAAAAAAAAAAACAAAAAACAAAAACAAGAGGGCUUCCUGAGGGACCUUCAGGAAAGACAGUGGGAGUGCAAUAUGAGGUGUGUGAGCACACCAGAGGUUUUUUUUUUGUGGAAAUCUGUCAGUAUUUUUAUUGUUAUUAUUAGAAUCUUAAUAUAUUUAAAGUGUGAUGCUUGAUACCAUAGACUGUACUCUUGUAUUUAAGAUGCAAAUGAAGGUUUUUGACAUCUGUUGAAAUCUGAAACUCACUGACAGACCGUUGUAAACUUAUAGCCACUUUGGGAAUAUUUUCCAACUGAGCUGCACUGUAUGUUGAUCAUUAACCUCCUCUGUGUUUAUACACAGCACAGACCACCAUUCAUGUGGUUUCAUAUCCUCAUUGUGGCUUUGUUUCCUGUGUGGAUAUUCCAUCUGUUGUGUUAACAUGUGUUUGGGUGCUAUGUUUAAUAAAAGCUUAAUGGAUCCUGA